AUGAGUAAAAGAUAUCGUUUUCCCUAUAUACGUACAUUUUCGCUAUUUGGUUUAUCAUCAUUUGUUACUUAUUUAUACGUUCGUGCAUCGGAAAUUCAAAAAUAUUCCUUGUGUACACCAAAUGAAGCUUGGUACCGUAGUUUACCGAUGAGAGAAAGUUCCCGAGUAUGGUCAAAAGUAUUAUCUAUUAAUAUUUAUCCAAAACAAUUGAGACCCAUUUUGUAUACGUACUUUUGUAAAAUAUUCGAUGCUGAUAUUGAAGAGUGUGAAUACUCUCAAGAAUUGACUCGUUAUAAAAAUUUUGGACAAUUUUUUCGUCGUAAUUUACGUGAUGGUAUUCGACCGAUUGAUAAUCAAUCAACCGUUGUGUCACCAUGUGAUGGUGAAGUAUUAGAAACGGGUUUGGUUACUAGCGAUCAACUAAAUAUUGUUAUCAAAGGUGUUCCAUAUACAAUUAAAGAUUUAUUUCAACUUGAUAAAAAUGAAUUCAAUCGACUACUAGCAAAACAAAUAAAAUCAUCGCUAUUCUAUUGUUGUAUCUAUUUAAAUCCUGGAAAUUAUCAUCACUUUCAUAGUCCUGCAUCAUGGACGAUCAGCGAACGCCGACAUAUUACAGGUGAAUUAAUGAGUGUCCGACCUGAAUUUAUACUGUGGAUACCAAAUUUGUUAUUAUUAAAUGAGCGAGUGGUUUAUAUCGGAAGAUAUUUAAAAGGUUUGAUGACAAUGACGAUGAUUGGAGCGACGAAUGUUGGAUCAAUCGACGUCUAUUUUGAUAAAACGUUGAAAACCAAUCAGAAAGUGGAUGAUUAUACAUUUCGUAUAUGGAAAGAAUAUUUUUCAUCAAAUGAAAAAUUUGAAAAAGGACAAAGCUUUGGUGAAUUUAAAAUGGGUUCAUGUAUUGUUCUGUUAUUUGAAGCGCCAUCGAAUUUUCAGUUUCGUUGUCAUGAAGGUGAUAAAAUACUUGUUGGUCAAGGUUUAUAA